UGAACCCCAUCUCACAGCAGUGUUUCCAAACACACACACAUUGUGUAGCGGUCAGUUUGGAGAAGUCCAUGUUCACCGCGAAUGGACACGAAACUGAUAAAGGAAGCUAAAGCAGCUGGACAACAUACAACACAGACAAAGGGAGUAGGAUGCUUGACGUGGGAAAGUGGCCAGUGUUUGCACUUCUGCCUCCUGAGGAACUACGUCUCAUCCGUCAGGCCUGUGUGUUUGGCAGUGCUGCUAAUGAGGCCAUCUAUGUUACAGUCAAUGAUGAGGUGUUUGCAUUGGGAACAAACUGCAGCGGAUGCUUGGGUCUGGGAGAUGUCCAAAGCACCAUUGAGUCCAGACGGAUAGACUCCCUGUGUGGGAAGAAGAUUAUCUCUUUGAGCUAUGGCACCGGGCCGCAUGUCAUCAUUGCAACUGCGGAGGGAGAGGUGUAUGCCUGGGGCCAUAAUGGCUACAGCCAGUUGGGGAAUGGCACCACCAACCACGGCCUGAUACCUGCCCUGGUGUCCACCAACCUCAUUAAUAAGAGGGUAAAUGAGGUCGCCUGUGGCUCCCAUCAUACCAUCGCCCUCACUACUGAUGGAGAGGUAUAUGCCUGGGGCUACAAUAACUCUGGCCAGGUAGGCUCAGGCUCUACAGCUAACCAACCCACACCACGCAGGGUCAGCAGCUGUCUGCAGAACAAAGUCGUAGUGAACAUUGCCUGCGGCCAGCUCUGCUCCAUGGCUGUCCUAGACAACGGAGAGAUCUAUGGCUGGGGUUAUAACUGUAAUGGGCAGCUAGGUCUGGGUAAUAACGGCAACCAACAAACACCGUGUCGUAUUGCUGCUCUACAGGGAAUCACCGUUGUCCAGGUGGCUUGUGGCUAUGCACACACGCUGGCAUUAACAGAUGAGGGGUUUGUUUAUGCCUGGGGUGCCAAUGCUUAUGGGCAGCUAGGCACAGGAAACAAGAGCAAUCAGGCAUUGCCUGUACUCAUCAACAUGGACAAGGAGAGGAUGGUGGAAGUGGCUGCGUGUCACACCAGUCACACAUCAUCCGCCAAGACGCAGAGUGGUCAGGUGCUGAUGUGGGGUCAGUGUCGAGGUCAAGCUGUUCCUGUCCCACAUAGCACACAUUUUUCCAGCACAGAUGAUGUGUUUGCCUGUUUUGCUACUCCUGCCGUAACCUGGCGUCUUCUCACUGUGGGUAAGAAGAGAAUCAGUUUGGGUUCGUCUUGUGAAGACACGAAAAGAAUUAUUGCGUAUGGGGAUGACUACUUAACUGUGGCACAGUCCCUUAAGAGAGAGUUUGACAGCCCAGAAAGUUCAGACCUUAAGUUCCUAGUUGAUGGGAAAUGUAUUCAUGUUCACAAAGCUCUUCUCAAAAUCAGAUGUGAGCAUUUUCGUGCACUGUUAAAUGAAAACGAUGAGGAAGCCAUCGAAAUCCAUCAGUUCUCCUACAUGGUUUACCGGGCUUUCCUGGAGUACCUCUACACUGACACUAUUAACUUGCCACCUGAGGAUGCCAUUGGUCUUCUCGAUCUUGCUACCUACUACAGAGAGACUCAUCUAAAAAGGCUCUGCCAAGAAACCAUUAAAAGAGGUAUUUCGGAAGAGAAUGCAAUCACACUUCUAUCUGCUGCUGUUAAGUAUGAGGCACGGGACUUGGAAGAGUUCUGCUUCAAAUUCUGCGUCAACCAUCUGACUGCCGUCACUCAAACCCAGGCCUUCGCUGACAUGGACCAUGACCUGUUGAAGGACUUUAUUAGCAAAGCAAGUCGCUAUGGGGCCUUCAAAAACUGAGCUGGAACAUGAGCAGAGCAAAGAGUGAGGGCAGGACACGACUUGUGGAUCAGCUUUACCAGAACCAGGCAGUGUUCCAUGGUAUGCGAAAGUGCGAGGCAGAACGUCCUUGUUUUGGAUAAACCACUCCACAGGCUCUUUGAAGCUGCACUAUCCCAGAAUAACAAGAAAUGCAUUUGUGGUUUUGUAGACUCCUGGUUAGGCUGACCACUAUACAGUACUGUGCAAAGGUCUCAGGCACAUAAAACAAAAUAAUGUAACACUGACCAUAAAAUAUGAUGAUUUUGUGCCAGAUAGAAAAACAGUCACAGCAUAGCAUAUGCAGAUUGUACUGUUUUAAUUUGUCAAACUCUAACUUUUUAAUGAAAAACAAUCAGCAGGGAAUUGAAUGCUUGCUUCACAUCUGAAUUGAAUGUAAUUUCUUGUUGCAUUCCUUUGAAAUUUUCAGCAAUGUCACUGACUGUGGCUUAGGGCUGUACAGUGCCUUGCAAAAGUAUUCAUACCCACUGAACUUUUUCACAUUUUGACACGUUACAACCACAAACAAAAAUGUAUUUUAUUAGGAUUUUAUGUGAUAGACCAACACAAAGUGGCACAUAAUUGUGAAGUGGUGUCCAAUUUAUUAUUAUUAUUUUUUUUUACAAAUAAAUAUCUGAAAAGUGUGGCGUGCAUUUGUAUUCAGCCCCACUGAGUCAGUACUUUGUAGAACCACCUUUUGCUGCAAUUACAGCUGCAAGUCUUUUGGGGUAUGUCUCUACCAGCUUUGCAUAUCUAGAGAGUGAAAUUUUUGCCCAUUCUUCUUUGCAAAAUAGCUCGAGCUCAGUCAGAUUAGAUGGUGAGCGUCUGUGAACAGCGAUUUUCAAGUCUCACCACAGAUUCUCAAUUGGAUUUAGGUCUGGACUUUGACUGGGCCAUUCUAACACAGGAAUAUGCUUUGAUCUAAACCACUCCAUUGUAGCUCUGGCUGUAUGUUUAGGGUCAUUGUCUUGCUGAAAGGUGAACCUCGGCCCCAGUCUCAAGUCUUUUGCAGACUCUAACAGGUUUUCAUCUAAGAUUGCCCUGUAUUUGGCUCCAUCCAUCUUUCCAUCAACUCUGACCAGCUUCCCUGUCCCUGCUGAAGAAAAGCAUCCCCACAACAUGAUGGUGUGUUCAGGGUGAUGUGCAGUGUUAGGUUUCUGCCACACAUAACGUUUUGAAUUUUGGCCAAAAAGUUUAAUUUUGGUCUCAUCUGACCAGAGCACCUUCUUCCACAUGCUUGCUGUGUCCUCCACAAACUGCAAACAGGAUUUCUUAUGGCUUUCUUUCAACAAUGACUUUCUUCUUGCCACUCUUCCAUAAAGACCAGAUUUGUGGAGUGCACGACUAACAGUUGUCCUGUGGACAGAUUCUCCCACCUGAGCUGUGUAUUUCUGCAGCUCCUCCAGAGUUACCAUGGGCCUCCGUGGUACCAUGGCUGCUUUUCUGUUUAAUUCUCUCUUUGCACGGCCUGUCAGUUUACGGUGGACGGCCAUGUCUUGGUAGGCUUGCAGUUGUGCCAUACUCUUUCCAUUUCAGGAUGAUGGAUUGUACAAAUGCUCUGUAAGAUGUUCAAGGCUUGGGAUAUUAAUUUAUAACCUAACCCUGCUUUAAACUUCUCCACAACUUUAUCCCUGACCUGUCUGGUGUGUUCUUUGGUCUUCAUGAUGCUGUUUGUUCACUAAUGUCCUCUAACACACUUCUGAGGGCUUCACAGAACAGCUGUAUUUAUAGUGAGAUUAAAUUACACACAGGUGCACUCUAUUUACUCAUUAGGUGACUCAUUAGGUGAAGGCAGUCAGUUUCACUGGAUGUUAGUUAGGGGUAUCAGAGUAAAGGGGGCUGAAUACAAAUGCACGGCACACUUUUCAGAUAUUUAUUUGUAAAAAAAAAAAAAAUUGGACACCAUUUAUAACUUUCCUUCCACUUCACAAUUAUGUGCCACUUUCUUUCGGUCUAUUUCAUAAAAUCCCAAUAAAAUACAUUUUUCUUUGUGCUUGUAACGUGUCAGAAUGUGGAAAAGUUCAGUGGGUAUGAAUAAUUUGCAAGGCACUGUAAUUGGACAGUGAUUGCAUUUCAGUGUGGCAUGACUGAAGUGCACAGGUGAAACUGAAAUGCAGUACAAAUGGGAUUUUACAUGCAGCAUUCACUUCUGAUCCCAAAUCAGCAUUUAAUUCAUACUAAAUAAAGUUCAGGCACGUUAUCCUCACGUCGCAGGUGAAAAACAAUCCCUGCUGUGUCUUGGAUUUCUUGUUUCCCACCUAGCGCAAUUGCUUUUCUAUCUGACAUGGAAUAAUAAAGAGCAGUAAUACUAAAACAGAUCUAUAUUCGGUGUAAACAAGCCCAGAUCAUUAUCUGCCGUACCGUCCUUUGCCUUUAAUUCAGCAGUUUUACUGCAUCUUGAACAAGCUGCUACAGUCCUGUUCUGGAGGCUGUCGGCUGCUUUGUCUCAUCCAGUACACCAGAUGGACUCCAUUAUGGUUUUAUCUGGACAGUGGCCAAUUGUGUGUUUUGUUAUUUUUUCAACAUUGUACACAUUGUAUUUUCCUUUGGUGGGAAAUCAGUGAGCAUGCAACUAUAACAAGUUUUAUAGCAAAAACCAGAUGACUGAGAAUAAAUAGGAUGAUAAUAGUAGUAAAUAAGGAACAAGCUUACCCCAGGACCAAAGAAAAAAAUAAGAAUGACACAGUAGAUAUGGGAUUCUGUGAAAAUGCUUUGGUCAUAUUGAUAUUACAAUUCAAUUUAUUUCCCUCCAGUACCGACUUUGAUUAAAUACAUUGUGUAGAUAACUAAACUAACCACUUAACCAGCAGCAUUUAAAGCACUCGUAAAUGUGUUCAUGUUUACUUUUAUUUUAUGUUUUUGUAAAGAUAUACCCAAUACUAAAACAUAUUUAAACUCUUUUUGGAAUUUUGCAGUGUGAUAUCCAUUUGUAUUAGACCUCUUUUCAGACAAGAGAACAUGAUUAUUUACUGGUCUGUUAUUCUGUACAGUAUCUGUAUGUAUGUAUUUUUUUUUUUUUUUUAGAAAUGUCUUUAUUUACAGCUCAAAGCAGCAUGAUAAGAUUAGAUACAUAUAUUUUUUCUUAAUGAAGUAUUGAAGGGUCAGUUUUUGUUUUGUAGAAGUGUGCCUGUUUGUUUAAUGUGCACUGUGUGUCCAUGAGUCCAGACCGUUGGGAUGGAAGUUGGGAAUGGAAACAACAAGGAUAUGUUCCCAUAGGUGGUGUUUACACAACAGAGUAAAAAGGGCAUCAUGUCCUCUUUUGUCACUCAGCAUUUUUUUGUGUUUUAUUCUGAAGCCUAGCUUCUUACGUGAUAUAUCAUACUUUGUUACAUAAACAAAAGAGUCAGGAUAGUCUUACAAGUGUUGAUGAUAUCCUUGAUCAUUCAAAGACCUAAUAUUUCGAUAGGUUUUUGUUCUAGAGCUUAGAGUUAUAAGAGAAAUGAUGGACCAUAUGCUAUAGCAUUCAUACAUAAGGUUUGUAAUAUCUUUAGUAUUUGAACUAAAAUGUUUCAUGCUCAAUUUUCUUUUAUAAUCUCUGCAUUACAAGAUAUUAUGAUUGUGUUUGAUCUCUCUUUAGCAUUAUCGAGUCCCAAACAAGUCUCAAAGCUGUUUUUUCUUUCAUUUGUUUAUUUAUUUAUUUUUGUUAUUAAUUUUCACUAUACAAAUUUUUAUUAUAUAGCCAGUGGUAUUAUUGUUUGCCAAGUGAUGGCGUGCUGAAUAACUCCAUUGCUCAUGUCUUGCUUAAUAAGGUCUAAUACAAAUCUGCAGCUGAUACCACAUUCCCUUUCCAUCUUCACUAGAUGCAGAUUUAAGUUAAAAAAUAUAUAAAUCUUAAACUUGCCCAGCGUAAUGUUAUUGAUGGUAUUGAAAUAAAGAUCUGAAUAUGUCCAAUGAA